AUGGAGGGUUGCAAAAAGUCCCCUCUAAAGCCUUGGAAAAAAGGACCAACAAGGGGCAAAGGUGGCCCCCAAAAUGCCUCAUGUGAGUAUAGAGGCGUUAGGCAAAGAACCUGGGGCAAAUGGGUGGCUGAGAUAAGAGAGCCUAAGAAGAGAACAAGACUCUGGCUUGGCUCCUUUGCCACCGCUGAAGAAGCUGCCUUGGCCUAUGAUGAGGCUGCAAGGAGACUCUAUGGUCCCGAUGCUUACCUCAACCUCCCCCACAUGCAACCAAACCUCAUAAACUCCACCACCAAAUCUCAAAAGUUCAAGUGGUUCCCUUCCAAGAACUUCAUCUCCAUGUUUCCCUCCCGUGGAUUGCUCAACCUUAAUGCUCAACCGAGUGUCCAUGUGAUCCACCAGAGGCUGCAACAGCUUAAGCAAAAUGGAGUGUUUGCAACCACUCAACCAUCACAUUCUAGUUCAUCCACUCAUCCAAAGGUGGUAGAACUUGAGAACAUAGUCAGCCAAAACCAUUCAGAGAUUCUCCCUCCACUUCCACAAGAUUCUCAAGUUUCACCACAAAAUAUAAUUGGUGAUUUUGAGGAGAAACCCGAGAUAGACCUACUUGAGUUUCUUCAACAAAUGGGAAUACUAAAAGAUGAAAGAGAGGCAGAGAAAACUGAUAGCCCGGGAAGUUCAACAGUGUCUGAAGCUGCAUCAAGAGAUGACAGUGAACAACCAGGAGUGUUUUCUGACAUGAGUAGCUUUAACUGGGAGGAAUUGAUUGAGAUGCAUGACCAUGAAGUUGUGUAUAAUUAUCUUGCAUCAGAAGAAAUCCAGUUUGAAGCAUAUGACAUAAACGACGAACUUACCCUCUCCACUUCCAUUUGGAACUACUGA